CCUCCCGUCCUCACUUCCGCCGGAAGUGGCUGCCAGUCGCAAUUGCCCUCUUGCUGCACGCGCGGGCGUCUGGUCGCCGGUACCCGGUUCGCGGGGAGUGAAUACGACCAUAAUGGCAGCCACCACCCUGCUGCGCGCGACGCCCCUCUUCAGCGGUCUCGGCGCCGGCUCUACCCCACUACUGCAGGGCUUGUUACAGCCGCUGAAGGCCCCGGCACUGACCCUCUUGUGCCGUGGCCUGGCCGUGGAGGCCAAGAAGACCUAUGUGCGCGACAAGCCCCAUGUGAAUGUGGGUACCAUCGGCCAUGUGGACCACGGCAAGACCACACUGACCGCGGCCAUCACGAAAAUUUUAGCUGAGGGAGGUGGGGCCAAGUUUAAGAAGUAUGAGGAGAUUGACAAUGCCCCUGAGGAGCGAGCCCGAGGCAUCACCAUCAAUGCAGCUCAUGUGGAGUAUAGCACUGCUGCCCGCCACUACGCCCACACAGACUGCCCAGGUCACGCAGAUUAUGUUAAGAAUAUGAUUACAGGCACUGCCCCCCUUGACGGCUGCAUCCUGGUGGUGGCAGCCAAUGAUGGCCCGAUGCCCCAGACCCGAGAGCACUUAUUACUGGCCAAACAGAUUGGAGUAGAGCAUGUUGUGGUGUAUGUGAACAAGGCAGAUGCCGUCCAGGACUCUGAGAUGGUGGAGCUAGUCGAGCUGGAAAUCCGGGAACUGCUCACUGAGUUUGGCUACAAAGGGGAGGACACCCCAGUCAUCGUAGGCUCUGCCCUUUGUGCCCUUGAGCAACGUGACCCUGAGCUAGGCCUGAAGUCUGUGCAGAAGCUGCUGGAUGCUGUGGACACUCACAUCCCAGUGCCCACCCGGGAUCUGGAGAAGCCUUUCCUGCUACCUGUAGAGUCAGUUUACUCUAUCCCUGGCCGGGGCACUGUGGUGACAGGUACACUAGAACGUGGCAUUUUGAAGAAGGGAGAUGAGUGUGAGUUCCUGGGACAUAACAAGAACAUUCGCACUGUGGUGACAGGCAUUGAAAUGUUCCACAAGAGCCUGGAGAGGGCAGAGGCAGGUGAUAAUCUUGGGGCCCUGGUUAGAGGCUUGAAGCGGGAAGACCUGAGACGUGGCCUGGUUAUGGCCAAACCAGGUUCCAUCCAGCCCCACCAGAAGGUGGAGGCACAGGUUUACAUCCUCAGCAAAGAGGAAGGUGGCCGCCACAAGCCCUUUGUAUCCCACUUUAUGCCUGUCAUGUUCUCCCUGACUUGGGACAUGGCCUGUCGUAUCAUCUUACCUCCAGGGAAGGAGCUUGCUAUGCCUGGGGAGGACCUGAAGCUUAGCCUAAUUUUGCGGCAGCCAAUGAUCUUAGAAAAAGGCCAGCGUUUUACUCUGCGAGAUGGCAACCGGACCAUUGGCACCGGCCUCGUCACUGACACGCCAGCCAUGACUGAGGAGGACAAGAACAUAAAGUGGAGUUGAGUCUGGACCUCUGCUCAGGCUUGUAUGUUCAGGGCUGUGCUGGCCAGUGUUCUGUCCUGCUUCUGAGGCUCCCUUCCUAGGGCAUAGGCUGCAACCCAGCAAAGUUGCAGCUAGACUGACACUUCCCCAUGGCCUGCCAAGUGAGGUAGGUCAAUAAACUGUUCUGUGAAUAGUAA